AUGAGAUCCUUUCCAAUUUUGGGGCCAGCACUGAUUGAAUUAGCAAGAAACGAACCAGUGCUGACUUUGCGUUCUCAUCGUUUUGUGAGAAUCCGUUCUACAGCAAGAGCUGCAGCCGCUGCUCUUGUGAGUGCUGCAGCAACCGCAGCUGCAGCCGGCCAGACAGCACCUCCUUGCGCCAGGAGGAGCCGUCCCUACUCUGCAGGUGCCACCACAACAAACGAGACCCUCGAAAACCACUUCUCCUUGAUAGCAGCAACGGUGUCGUUGGGGCCUGGCCGGCUUUCAGGCGAGUUACAAGCCACGCGCGAGGAGGGUUUGAAGCCGUACGCGCGGGUGUUACAGCGGUUGGAUCGAGACAGGGAUGGCGUGUUGUCCCUCAGGGAGACAGCUAGGCUCAUCAGGGUUACUCUAGGAGAGGCUACAGACAUCCCUAUCACUGCGACAUAUGUCAAACGACUGCUAGCCUCGCUUCGUAUUCCGUUGUCAACGCCAAAGCAUCAUGGUCCGCUGCAGCAGCACCAAGAGACACUCGCCCUGCCUCAGGUAAUGCGGCUCUUGCAGCUCACAGCUGGUAGCCACACUGUCAGCUCUGCCGCAGUGGAUGGCCUGCUAGCUCUAGAUGCCGUCUCGUUUGCUCUGCAGCAAGAGGCACCUUCGUGGCAUGCACUCUAUGAGACAGCAACAGCAUCAGCGGAAGCAGAAAUAAGACUCCAUGUAACGAACCUCGUUAAUGAGUACGCUCUUGAAGCGUCACAAGUGUACGCAGAGGGUAUUCCCUACCUCAGAGCGCUUCUUAAGCACAGUGCGCCAUUGAGGGAGAAGUUACUGGAGAACCUUGGCCACCAACUGGCCGCGAAGGAACCACUACCUAGGCUGGCACCUAGUGAAGCCUUGAUUCGCGUCAAAGCGACUGCGCACCUCCAAGAGAUAGUACCUCAGCUCGUUAUGGAAAUGUCAACAGGGAUCAGUCAAAAUAUGAACAAGCACAGCACGAGCACCCAACACGGCGUGAGCGUCGAGGCGAUUGAAAUGAUGCUAGCACGGCUGGUGCGCCAGGCGGAGGCAUUUUUCCUCUUUGCAGUCACAGACGCAGACGGUAACGGCAGUCUAGACAUGUCGGAGUUCCUUUCUGUACUCCUGGUGCAGCAGCUCCACAUGCAGCAACUGGUCCAGGCAGCAGUUGCUCCUCAACACCAGAGCAUUCCAGUGAUGGAGACUCCCUGGGUUGGGGAAUUAGCUGCGGGGUGGCUCGAAGCGCCGCAGUUGCGACAGCAACAGAUGCCUUUUGUGUCGCGUAUGCUGUUUACUGCGGCGGACGUGGACCAAGAUAGCCGCAUCCCCUACGAAGAGUUUCUGAGUUUCCUUGAUCAACAAGACCUAUUAGUCAGCACAGCAGUGCAGCUCUUCAACGCGAGAGCAGCAGUGCUCUACCUCUAA